AUGGCAGUUUCUUUCCUGAAUCUAGAGGUAUCAGAUUUGUGCCUUGGAAAGCCUUCGCUCAGGUGGAUCGCGGCGGAAGCCACCGUCUCCGAAGCCUUGACGGCGCUGAAGAGAUCUGAAGAGAACUAUUUGAGCGUGUGGAAAUGUUGUGCUGACGAGUCUUGCGUAUGCGUGGGGAAAAUUUGCACGGCGGAUGUGAUUUGCUUUCUUUGCAGAAAGGAGAAUUUGGUCAAUCCUUUUAAGGCUUUUGAGGCUACGGUUUCUGAUAUUUUGCCCAAAGGAGUUUCUGUUGUCAGGCAUUUGGAUCCUAAAUCCAGCUUGUUGGAGGCAAUAGAUUGCAUCCUUGAAGGGGCUCAGAACCUGGUGAUACCUAUCCAAAACCAGAGAAGCACAUAUUCAAGAAAGAAGUUCCUCAACAAACAAUCCUCAUACUGUUGGAUAACACCGGAAGAUGUUAUUCGGUUCCUUCUCAAUUCUAUCGGAGUCUUCUCCCCAAUCCCGACCUCAACUAUUGAAUCGUUGAAUAUCAUUGAUCAAGACAUCAUGACUGUGCACUUCCACGAUCCUGCGUCAUCUGCAUUGGAUUAUAUUUCUCGUGCUCUCGUGCAGCAAACGUCGAUUGCUGUUGUUGAUGAUGAGGAUAGAAUAAUAGGUGAAAUUUCGCCCCUCUCUCUUGCCUGUUGUGAUGAAACAGUUGCAGCAGCUAUUGCUACUCUUUCGGCUGGUGAUCUGAUGUCGUACAUAGAUUACGGUGGUCCACCAGAGGAUUUAGUCGAGAUGGUGAAAAUAAAGCUGGAAGAGAGAAAUUUGGAGGCAAUGUUGGAACUAAUGGAGGAAUAUGAGUUCGGUUCUGUGUCUGGUUCGGGUUCGAGUAGGCAUGGCAAGGCAGGGCGGUAUUUCCCUGCAAGGAGUUCUGAGGCGAUUUUGUGCAAUCCAAGGAGUUCUUUAGUUGCUGUGAUGAUCCAAGCACUUGCACAUAGGGUAAUGACAGGAUCCUGGUUGGAAACCUUAAAAGCAGCAAAUUAUUCGAGGGAAAACUAUGCAAAAAAUGAGUUCGGUUCCGUGUCUGGUUUGGGUUCGAGUAGGCAUGGCAAGGCAGGGCGGUAUUUCCCUGCGAGGAGUUCUGAGGCGAUUUUGUGCAAUCCAAGGAGUUCUUUAGUUGCUGUGAUGAUCCAAGCACUUGCACAUAGGGUGAGCUGUGUUUGGGUUGUGGGAGAGGACCAUACUUUGGUUGGAGCAGUAACAUUUGCCGGGAUGUUGAAAGUCCUCCGGAGCGUCGACAGAGAUCAUAAACCAGAAAGCGAGAAUUUGUUUAAGCAAUAA